AAUGGAAAAGGUACAUCCACCUUUAUUGAAGCAUUAGCAGCCAACGGUACAACCAACAUACAAACAUCUGUAACAGGAGUGACAGCCAGCAAACGGAGAUUUAUUGAUGAUAGGAGAGACCAACCUUUUGACAAGAGGCUACGUUUCAGCGUGAGACAAACUGAAAGUGCUUACCGGUAUAGAGACAUUGUUGUCAGGAAACAAGACGGAUUCACGCAUGUUUUGCUAUCAACAAAAUCAUCUGACAACAACUCACUAAAUCCAGAGGUAAUGAAGGAAGUCCAAAGUGCACUGAAUACAGCAGCUGCAGAUGACAGUAAACUUGUGCUGCUCAGUGCAGUUGGUAGUGUCUUCUGCUGUGGUCUUGAUUUUAUUUAUUUUAUACGACGUUUAACAGAUGAUAGAAAAAGGGAAAGCACUAAGAUGGCAGAAGCUAUUAGGAAUUUUGUGAAUACUUUUAUUCAGUUUAAGAAGCCCAUCAUUGUAGCAGUAAAUGGCCCAGCCAUUGGACUUGGAGCAUCAAUAUUAUCUCUCUGUGAUGUGGUUUGGGCUAAUGAGAAGGCUUGGUUUCAGACACCGUACACUACUUUUGGACAGAGUCCAGAUGGAUGUUCAUCCCUCACAUUUCCUAGGAUAAUGGGCCUGGCUUCUGCAAAUGAAAUGUUAUUCAGUGGAAGGAAGUUGACUGCGCAGGAAGCUUGUGCAAAAGGAUUGGUAUCUCAAGUGUUUUGGCCGGGAACAUUCACACAGGAAGUAAUGGUUCGAAUUAAGGAACUUGUCACAUGUAAUUCAGUUGUGCUUGAAGAAUCCAAAGCUUUAGUCCGUAAUAUCAUGAAGGUGGACUUAGAACAAGCAAAUGACAAGGAGUGUGAAGCUUUAAAGAAAAUCUGGGGCUCUGCACAAGGGAUGGACUCUAUGUUAAAAUACCUGCAAAGGAAAAUCGAUGAAUUCUGAUGAGAUGUGCACUGACACUGGAAUUGUAUUUACGUGGACAACUGGGGCAUAAAAAUGCCCCAAUUUUAUUUUGAAAACCUGUUACCAAGUCACCCAUAGCUCAAAGCUUGGGGAUGAGAUUGGAAAGACCCUCGCGCUUAUUGUCAAGGGGUUGUAAAGUACUGUAUCUUAAAAAAGAACAAAAAAACUCUCCCUAUAUAUAGUUUGUGUAUAUAUAUAAUCUUUAUAUACACAAACUAAAAAUUAUAAUUGAGUGCACUACCAAACAUCUCUUUGAGGCUCUAGUUUUUGUUAGCAUUGGCUAGUACUGUAUCAGAAGGAAUGGGGUGGGGAGGAGAGUGAAUUGUGUUGUAUUAUUUUCUAUGUGGCAGGGAAGUCUGAAUAAUGCUUCCCCCCUUUCACUAAAAUACAGAGUUGAAACGGGUAUUAGCCAGCCCCUACUUUCAACGGCCCAACAAGUGGCUUAAGAUAAGGCAUUGUCUUGAUCUCAGAAGAAGGUUGAAAUACCUCAACUAACGGAACAUUCUAAUUUUAUUUUUGGUUGAGAAUAAAACCCUAUAAUGAAAGAUUUAAUUAGAUAAAUAUCCCAAAAAGAGUGUGCUCAGGAGCUAUGCUAAGAAAACACUCAACCCCUUUUUUGGGGGGAACAUGUCUAAUUCUUACUUGGAUAGCAUAAAAAAAAAACCACUGUCUCAUGGGGGGGGAGGGGAAGCUUGUUUUGCAGUAUUAGUGAAUCACUGAAUAUCUUAUGUAUAUGAAUAUCCUAAGUUAUAAGUUAGUUUUAGUGUUUUUUUAAAAUAGUUUUUGAUUUUUUUUUAAUAACUACAUAAGUGCUUCUGUUGCUGGGUGAGAAUACUACUUUCUACACAGUAUGGUUUUUUUUCUAUUUGCUGGAUUAAUUGAUGUAUUACACCAAAAAUGCAUUUUAGGUUCACUUAGAAUAUAUUUUAUUUAAAUAAGUUAAAAUUCUUUUGGCACACUAUUACAUGCAAAAAUUCCUUUUAUAAAAAACUACCUUAUAGUAGAUGUUUAAUGUUCUUUGUCUAUGCUUUUUUAUUAUUUUAAAUAUACACUAUAUAUACACAGUAUGGUGUAAAAGAGUGCCCUCUGUAAAUAGACCUAUUUUGCAUUCCUUUCAGGACUGGUUACUGAUUCCUGACUGCAGAUAUCUAGUAUUACGUGGGUAUCUGUGCUUGCAAUCUUAUUGAAUGUAUUAUGAAGAAUGAAAAAAUCAAACCUUAUUUUUGUACAGUUUUGAAGUUUAUACUUGGAACUGACCACCUCCCUUCCUAGUGGAGAGCUGUACAGUAUGUAAAUUGCUUUUACCUUGGAUUGGUACAGUAUUUUUGCAUCUGUGGGACCUACUUUUGUUCUAGUAGUUUGAACUAUAUAUAAACUGUACAAUCUGUAAAGUUUUUAUAGAAUAAAUAUUCAGCUGUGAAAAUUGGUUAAAAUAAAACUAAUAUUUCUUAACAC